AUGUCGUUCUCUGCAUUCGUACUUGCAAGCUCUCUGCUCUCGGGCGCUCUGGCGAUCCCGAUGAAGGCCCGCAGCGACUUCUCUGCUGGCGCCGCCUAUUGGUUGACCAAUGAUCCCUCUGGCAAUGCGAUCAUGGCGGCAGACAUCGCAUCGGAUGGUACUCUAACCCUCUCAUCCGCGUACUCGAUGGUCGGGAACGGUGCACGUGGGAACACCACGUUUACCGGUCCAGAUGCGCUUUUCGCACAGGGUGUCAUCCAAGUACAUGCCAACGCGAAUGUACUAGCAGCCGCGAACGCCGGAUCCAACACCGUCUCGCUGUUUUCCAUUGAUCCCAAUGCGCCUACCCGCUUAACGGCCGUUGGCACCCCCGUCUCAUCAGGCGGGCACUUUCCAAUGAGUGUGGCGUUCAAUAGCGCGGGAGAUACCCUGUGCGCGCUCAACUCGGGAGAGAUGGCUGGUGUUCAGUGCUUCAAUGUCAGCGCGACCGCUGGCUUAACUCCUAUCGCCAGUUUCCGCACUAUGGGUGGCAACUACAGCCAGACUACGCCACCAACGGGACCCGAGGGCACGGUUUCACAGAUCGCGUUCACGCCUGAUGAUGGGCGCAUUGCUGUUGCGGUCAAGGGCAGCGACUCACUCGGGCCUGGCUAUGUGCAGACCUGGGACGUCCUCGAUGAUGGCAGUCUCAGCACAAAUACGACCCAGAUCCUCGCUCCCGCUGGCUCAAUGUACCCGUUCUCGCUCACCGCUGUGCCCGGCCGCAAUGCUUUCCUCGCAGCCGACUUCGCGAAUGGCGCGGAUGUCUUCGAUCUGGAUGCAAACACGGCUUCGUUGGUGAACGUAAGUGGGCAGGCCGCAACGUGCUGGAGCGCAUACUCCGCGCGGACCGGCAACUUCUACACGAGCGACACCGGCACUGGCAACAUCUCCGAGAUUGCACUCGGAAACCAGGACGAUGGUACAGCCGGCAGUGUUGUUGCAAGUUAUCCGUUCAACGCCACAGCCGGUCCCAUCGAUGUGGAGGUCGCCGGUCUUACGAACGCAGACUACUUGUAUAUCCUUAUGCCGGGAGCCAUGGCUGUCGGCGUCAUGCAGUUGAAUGGUCCGGCUUCUGCUCAGGAGAUGCAGGUCAUGGAUCUUGUUGGCCCUGCACAAACCGUUGGGAUCAACAUGAGCCCAGCCUAUAUUGCAGGCAUGGCUGUAUACGUCAAGCCAGUUUCGUCUUGA